AACGAAUUCGAGAUUAUAAAUGUACAUAUUUCAAACUCAGUUGUUCUCCCUUUUCAAUUCAGGAGGAUCCUCCAUCCAUCCUUCAAUCAAUCCAUCCCCCAUUUCUCCUUUUGCCAAAUAGGACAUUGAGGAAGAAGAACAUCAAUCAUGGCGGAUACGAUGUCUGGAAUUCUUCCGGACAAGAAUCCCAGACCGGGGCUCGACGUGCUCGCGGAGGAAGAGAUGAAGAAGAAGAAGGCAGGGGGAGGAGGAGGGGGAUCGUUCAAGAAGAAGGUGUCGAACAGGUUUCGGAGCUCGCUGACGAAGAAGGGUCGCCGGAACAGCAGGGUGAUGUCGAUCGCCGACGAGAUCGACGCCGAGGAGCUGAGGGCCGUGGACGCUUUCCGGCAGGCUUUGAUUCUCGACGAGCUUCUUCCGGCGAGGCACGACGACCACCACAUGAUGCUUAGGUUUUUGAAGGCGAGGAAGUUCGACAUUGAAAAGGCCAAGCAGAUGUGGGCGGAUAUGAUCAACUGGAGGAAGGAUUUCGGUACUGAUACCAUCAUGGAGGAUUUCGAGUUCAAGGAAGUAGAUGAAGUGCUGCAGUACUAUCCACAAGGGUACCAUGGAGUCGACAAAGAUGGCAGGCCGGUGUACAUCGAGAAGCUCGGGGAAGUCGAUGCCAACAAGCUGGUUCAGGUCACGUCGUUGGAUCGAUAUGUGAAGUACCAUGUUCAGGAGUUCGAGAAGGCUUUCGCUUACAAGUUCCCGGCUUGCUCGAUUGCUGCUAAGAAGCACAUUGAUCAGAGCACCACCAUCAUUGAUGUUCAAGGAGUUGGGCUGAAGCAGUUCACCAAAACUGCCAGGGAGCUUAUCAGCAGGAUUCAGAAGAUCGAUGGCGACAACUACCCUGAGACGCUGAACAGGAUGUUCAUCAUUAAUGGUGGAGCUGGAUUCAGGCUUCUGUGGAACACUGUUAAAUCGUUUCUGGACCCCAAGACUGCUGCCAAAAUCCAUGUUCUUGGGAACAAGUACCAGAGCAAGUUGCUUGAAGUGAUUGAUGCUAGUGAGCUUCCAUCAUUCUUUGGAGGCACCUGCACUUGUGCUGACAAGGGUGGCUGCAUGAGAUCCAGCAAGGGUCCAUGGAAUGAUCCUGACAUCCUCAAGAUGGUUCAAAACGGUGAGGGUAAAUGCCGUAGGAGGACAUUGUCUGGGAUUGAGGAGAAGUUAAUCCCUGAAGACAAGGAGCCCAUCAAGGUCUCCAGCAGCAAUGAAGCAGAGGACCUCAAACCUUAUCCAGUUCCUGUUCCUGAGGAUCAUCCCAUCGUCAACAUGAUGAGCAGGAUCACCCCAGACGAGUACGAGAAGUCCAUCCAAGUCAUCGAGAAGACCAUCGAUGCCAAUUGGAAAGCUUCUCCAGGAAAGGUUGAUGUUCUCCCCGAGGAUGGUGCCAUUGUUCCUGCAAACGGGAAGCACAUGAUUGGGGGGGUCAUGGCCGUGGUGAUGGGAGUGGUGUCGUUGAUCCGAAUGACAAAGACAGUGCCGAGGAAGCUGACUGAGGCAGCCAUCUAUGGCAGCAAGACCUACUACUCUGACUCACUCAACGACCCCGCAGCUGGUGCUGCUAGUGCUAGUGCCUUCACUGAAUCCUCCAUCACCACCUCGGACUACAAGAAAAUGAUGAUGAGAAUGGCUGAGGUGGAAGAUAAGCUGAACACUCUCUGCUCAAAGCCCGACGGGAUCCCUCCUGAGAAGGAGGCCAUGCUGAUGAACGCAAUUAACCGUGCUGAAGCCAUCGAGAAGGAGCUCUGUGCAACUAGGAUGUUGCUAGUGGAAGCUGUGGAGAAGCAGCAGGAACUCCUGGCUUACAUUGAGAAGAAGAACAAGAAGAAGAAGAGGUUCUUCGGGUUCUGAACGAGAAAUUAGUUGCUCCAUGACACAGGCUAAUUGAGGAUGUGAGGCUACUGAUCAUGCUUACUUCUUUUAUGUACUUUUUUGGGUUCUUGGAGGAUAUCCAUGACUGACUUGAGUCCUUUUGGCUCCUGGAUUGCUGCUUUGCUUUGUAUAUUAUUAAGUUAAUCUCUUCACAGGCUUUUGUAUAGAGCAGCAUUGUAAUGAAUUGUUACAACUUCUUGUAAUCUGAUUAAAUGGAGGGUUCUUUGCAUAUUAUUGAACAACAGCAUCCUGCCAAUGGUUCUACCCUAAGAGAAUUUAUCUAUUACUUUCCUCCUAUCUCUCAUUCGUAGCAACUAGCAAGUACGAAUGAGAAAAAUGUGAGUUCAAAGUGACAAAUCAAUCUACAAGGUUCAGUUUUCCCU